AUGCUUCAAAAACACAAGAAAAAGCUGCAAGAACUCCAAAUUUUUAGACCUGUAUUUACUAGUGCAAAAAAUUUAAAAGUCACAGCUUCUACUCCGGCUCAGAAGGCUAAAGUUCCAAAUACUGAAAAAAUUAACUUACAUGACAAAUAUGAAUUUCCAGAUUUAUGGACUGUAUUAAAUGGCAAAAUGAAAUAUCUGCAAAAAAACAGGUUUGAUAAAAAAGAAGGAUUAAUGGCAUUAUCUGCACAACAAGUUCAAGAAAUUCUUGCUGAUGAAUUUCUUAAUCCAAGCACUCCUGAGGGUAAAGAAUAUCAUGGCCUUUAUGUUGAUCAAUUUCAUUCUCCACCUGAUGGUAGUUUAAUUUUUUGCCAGUAUCGCAGUAAAAAUAAUCAACGUGGAAUUGAAAGGAGUUCAGUACAGGAUAUUCAUCUUCCUUCAAAUUCAGAAUACAAGAAAACUCAUUGUGGAGUUAAUAGAGUAGGAAAUUUUAUGAAAGAUAUUGGAAAAUCAGUAAAAGUAGAUCUUCUGCCUGGCAUUCUAACAAAUCAUUCUGGUUGCAAAACUGUUGCGCAGAUUCUUCAGGAUGCUGAUGUACCAAAGGAUGCUAUAAUGGAAGUAAUAGGUCACAAAAAACCAUCAAGAUCUUCAAUUCUUGAUGAUUCAACAAAUACUAAUAUUGCUGACACACCUGUUGAAUUUUCCUUUGAUGAUGAUAAAAAAUUUCCUAUUUUUAAUAAUUGUCAUUUUAAUAAUGUAACUUUUAAACUUUGA